AAUUGCUUCAACUGAACUCAGAAACAGAGAACCCUUUUUCUCAUUUACAACAUAGAUUUGAGAAUCAAAACAGAAACAUAUAACACUUUGAAUCCAUUCUCAAAGCUAAUGUUUUUCUUCAAAUUCAACUGAAAACAAUCAAACCCAAAAUCCCCAAUUCCACCAUCUUCCCUUCCCCCAAAUCCAAUCUCAAAAAACCCUAAAUCUUUCACUGAAACCCCAUUUUUUUGUGCUCCAUCAAUGGAUGAAACAUUCUUGCUCAUGUUAUCAAAUCUCCUCCACCUUCACAACUCUCUUGAUCCCACCACUUCCCUUCUUUCCCCUUCUUCUUCUUCUUCUCCUCCUACUUCAUCUCCUUCCCCUUCUUCUCCAUCUUCUCUUCUUUCAUCUUCUUCGCCUGCUCCUCUCCUCUUCUUCACUCUCGCUUCUCUCCUUUCUUUCCUCGCUACUUCUUCUAAGAAAGGGUCAUUGGAUUCUUCUCCUUCGUCAAAGAAAAGGGAACCCAAUUCAUCGCCUUCUCCUCCUCCGUCGUCUUCUUCUCACUUCUCCAUCGCCGCAUUCCGUGCUCUCUCGACCGACCAUAUUUGGUCCAUGGAUGCCCCGAUACGUGACGCUGAGUGGCGGUCCUUGUAUGGGUUAUCCUACCCUGUUUUCACCACCGUGGUUGAGAAACUCAAGCCUUUUAUAACCGCUUCGAAUCUUUCACUUCCUUCUGAUUAUGCUGUAGCUAUGGUCCUUUCUCGUCUCUGCCAUGGUUACUCUGCUAAAACCAUCGCUUCCCGUUCUUCUUUGGACCCUUACAUCGUUUCCAAAAUCACUAACAUGGUGACUCGGCUUUUGGCUACUAAGCUAUACCCAGAGUUUAUCAAGAUCCCUGUUUCUCGUCGUAGAUUGGUUGAGACUACCCAAGGGUUCGAGGAGCUUACUUCAUUGCCCAACAUUUGUGGAGCUAUUGAUGGGAGUCCGAUUAAGGUCCGUGGGUUGAAACUUGAUAGGAAUUCGAUGAGUUCUUAUAAAUGCAAAUAUGGGUAUGAUUCAGUUUUGCUUCAGGUUGUUGCUGAUCAUAGAAAAAUUUUCUGGGAUGUUUGUGUUAAAGCUCCUGGUGGGGCAGAUGAUGCUACUCAUUUUAGAGAUAGUUUGUUGUAUAAUAGGCUUACUUCAGGUGAUAUUGUUUGGGAUAAAGUAAUUAAUGUUAGGGGUCAUCAUGUUAGGCCUUAUAUUGUUGGAGAUUGGUGUUAUCCUUUAUUGUCGUUUUUGAUGACACCCUUUUCUCCUGAUGGGGCCGGGACUCCAGCACAGAAUUUGUUCGAUGGGAUGUUGAUGAAAGGGAGGUCUGUGGUGGUUGAAGCAAUUGGGUUACUUAAAACUAGGUGGAAAAUUCUUCAAGAUUUGAAUGUGGGGCUUAAUCAUGCACCGCAAACAAUUGUUGCUUGUUGUGUGUUGCAUAAUUUGUGUCAGAUUGCAAGAGAGCCUGAGCCUGAGGUUCAAAAGGAUCCUGAUGAAACUGGGGCUCCGGCGAGGGUGCUUGAGAGUGAGAAGCAGUUCUAUUAUUUCGGGGAAAGUUUGAGACAGGCAUUGGCAGACGAUUUGCACCAAAGGCUUUCUUCCCGAUAAGUUAUGAACUUUUGAAAAGAGGUUGAUUUUUUAACCUUGUGUUAUCUGUAAGAAUAUGUAUUUGAGUAGUUUCUAACAUGGCUGAGAUAACUUGCCCGAUUUCAGGCUUUUCGAAUUUCUCAUCCUCGUUUUAGUAAGCAAUAGAAACAGAUUCCAUUAAGUAAAUUUGAUAUUUGAUAUGUAGGGACUUCAUUUUUAA